CGGGCCUGUGAGCCGCAAAAUCCCAAUGUCCUUCCCAAAUCGGCUUCCAAAGUGGAGGUCUCCUUGUGCAGGCUGAACUGCAAUAUGUCUGACCCCAGUUGUACCUGGCAAUCUACUGCAUGCAAGACGGCACGAGCGGGGUUGACAUGUCGUAGAUCACCGACGCUGAUUCUGCUUUGGCCCUUCUUAAAGCAGACUGGCUGUCUUGGAGUGAGGUAAGUCACGGAGAGUCAACAUCUUGCUUCAUUUAGAAACAAGAGCAGCUUUUCGCACGAGUCACCAUUAUGGCUCAUCUACUCGUGGCCCUGGCUUUUGCUGUAGCAGUGUCCGCCCAGCAGAUUGGCAGCGACACCGCGGUCAACCCGACAUUGAUUACCCAACAGUGCACCAUGAGUGGCGGGUGCACCAACCACAACACGAUGGUCGUCCUCGAUGCACUCUCGCAUCCCAUUACUGACAUCCAGACGGGAGCUUCAUGCAUGACCUCAAGCGGCGGUUUCGAUCCCACGAUUUGCCCGGAUAUCAACGCCUGCGGUGCAAACUGUGCCAUUCAGGGCGUCGAUUACUCCCAACAUGGUGUCACCACCUCGGGACAUUCCUUGAUCCUUCGUCAAUAUCUUCGGACAGGUAACACGACCACAGCGGUGUCUCCUCGCGUUUAUCUUCUGCAGAGCAACGGCCAAAAAUACAAGCUCCUAAAGCUCCUCAACCAGGAGUUCACAUUUACAGUCAACGUUUCGAACCUGCCCUGUGGGAUGAACGGGGCUCUCUAUCUUUCUGCUAUGGAUGCCACUGGUGGUCGUAGCAGUUUGAACCCAGCAGGUGCUACAUAUGGUACCGGCUACUGCGACGCGCAGUGCCCGAAGAGUGCUUGGAUCAAUGGUGAGGCGAACGAGCGCAAUCAGGGCGCUUGUUGCAGCGAGAUGGAUAUUUGGGAGGCUAACUCUGCCGCGACCCAAAUGACGCCUCACGCCUGCAACGUCACCGGUCUUUACAAAUGUUCAGGCACCGACUGUGGAUUCAACGGUGUUUGUGACGAGAACGGCUGCGGUUACAAUCCCUAUGCUUACGGCGCCAAGAACUUCUAUGGGCCUUCUCGCGCUAAUACAGUGGACACAACCAAGCCGCUCACAGUUGUGACGCAGUUCUGGACGGACGACAACACCACUACGGGUACUUUGUCUGAGAUCCGACGGAUAUACGUGCAAAACAACGUCAUCAUUCAGAACGCACUCGUUUAUUAUGGUCCUGGCGAGCAGGCCAACUCCAUCACGCCGUCGUUCUGUAACGCUUCGGCUCCGGGUUUUGAAGCGCGUGGUGGACUUGCGCAAAUGGGAGGAGCUCUUUAUGAAGGUAUGGUCUUGGUAAUGAGCAUUUGGAACGAUCCAGGCGCAUACAUGAAUUGGCUUGAUAGCGGUAAUGCUGGUCCUUGUAACAGCACGCAAGGCAAUCCGGCUCUCAUCGAGGCGCAGGAUCCGGGGACGAGCGUAACCUUCUCAGCUAUCAAGAUUGGUGACAUUGGGAGCACAGUAAAGGGUUUCGUAGUGUAGGGUGAUCUGCGCUUCCAUCCAGGCGCGGCGCAAGAACGGUAGCGUGUAGCUCGUAAGAUAGGUAAUAAUCUAUCCGGUGCACCGCGGGUCAGUGCCGG